CCAAAACUUGAAAAUGAUACAAAAACAUUUGUUUCAAAUUUUUUUGAUGUUAAUAUUCGGUAUCAAUUUAAUUUUUGGUAUCAAAUUUCGUAAUUGUCCUAGUUUUGAUGGACAAGGUAAUACGGUAAUUGAAUUUGUCAACAAUACAGUUUGUGAUUCACAAUUAUGUUUUUGGCCAUUCGGUCCUAUUUCAUUAUUUAAUUAUAAUAUAACAAUAAAACCACAAAGAGAUAUUAAUGCUAAACAGAUUGAUAAAAUAUUUAUAAUGUGCGAUUCAGAAAAUAGUUGGACAUAUACAAAUUGGUUCUGUUCAAGUAAUUAUAAUAAUUUUGCUUGUCCAAUGAAACAAUCAAAAAACUAUACUGUAAAUGAUGGUGUUUACAUUUCAACAACCAAUUUUAAGCCAAAUACCUAUCUGGAUGUUAUACAAACAUAUAUCUAUCAAGAAAAUGGUGCACCAAACAAUGUUGCUUGUAUGCAAUAUAAAGCUUAUCUUUAUGAUGAAAAUGAAUGUCAAAAAAGUUCUGGUCAAACAUUAUUGAAUCGAUUGAAUCAAACACAUAAACAAUUACGUUCGGCAAUGUUGGAAAUGUCAAAUUUAUUCAUUGGAUUAAUAGAACAAAAAAUCAAAUUUAUUGAAUUACUUGAAAAUCAGGCAAAAACCUUAUUGAAAAAAAAACGUUAUCCAUUUUUCUGUCCUGAUUAUAUUCGUUACAGUGAAGAAUUAGAGCAAUUUAAACUUAAAUUGAAAUUGGAGAAUAUUACCGAUAUAUCCCAUAAAAUUGUCGAUAAAAAAAAUCUUGAACCAUUGAUCGAAUAUGUGGAUAAAUUACUACAGAAUCAAGAUGAAAAACUAAAACAAAUGGAAGCUGAUGGUCAAUUUUCAAAGAUCGAUAUUAUACAGCAUCAUAUUAUAUUAUUGAAUUCACAAAAUUCAUUAAAAUCAAUCGAUCUAUUGAAUGGUGAUUUAAAACAAGCUCAACAAAUGAUUACAUCGACAUUUUUAUUGAUUGAAGAAUUGCAAUGUUUAUUGCGUAACUAAUGAAAUUUGAUUCUUAUCUAUAUUCAUUUUUGGGUUAAUUCACAUCCAAAUUUUUCAGAUUUAUCAAAAACUACGAUCGGUGAAUUUUUUUACUG